UUUAGUUCUGGUUGUUUCAAUAGAUCCAUUCCCCGCCAGAAGUUGCAAACUCUACUUAUCAAGUUGGUUAAAACUGAAGUGAUCGAUCUUAUCUGAGCCCCAAAAAUAAUUAGUCCUAUCAUUUAACGUUAAUGCUCUCUGCCAAAUAUCAAUCUCUUUCAGUACUAGUGUUUCACAUUGAAAAAAUGUGGUGUUUAUUAAUUAUUUUAUUCGCGUUGGUUGGAACCAACAAAACGGAUUACAUUGCUGCCGUUGUUGAACACCAGCCGGAAAUAUCAGGUUACAGAACUUUGAAGGAUAAUAUGCGAUAUUAUUCUGCUCAAAUCCUGAACGCCUGUAGAGAAUAUCAAGCUCAAAUUAUUGUGUUUCCCGAAUAUGGACUAACAGGUUUCGUAGAAGAUCCCACCAAUUAUGCCUUCGAACUCCCAGAAGUAGGCGAAAAACUUACAUUUAGUAAAAAGGGCAUGUAA